UUCCGGUCCAGCCUCUACCAGCUCCUGCUGUGGGCCUCCGCUUCCUCGACUGUCUCCUCCUGCUGGUGACACUCCACGCUGUGGGGAAGCCAGAGUAGGAUUCCAAGAAUCCCACUCCUCCUGCCCUGGUUGGCAAUCCGAGGGGAUCUCAGGAGCAGUGGUGGCCACCGCCUUCAGCCCCAUGGACUUGUCCCCGCAGCUCUCCUUCGCCUUCUACGUGGCCGCCUUUGCGCUGGGCUUCCCGCUCAACGUGCUGGCCAUCCGAGGUGCGGCGGCGCACGCGCGACUUCGCCUCACCCCCAGCUUGGUCUACACCCUACACCUGGGCUGCUCUGACCUCCUGCUGGCCAUCUCUCUACCCCUGAAGGCGGUGGAGGCCCUGGCCUGGGGGGCCUGGCCCCUCCCAGCUGCCCUCUGCCCGAUCGUUGCCCUGGCCCACUUCGCCCCCCUCUACGCGGGUGGUGUCUUCCUGGCUGCUCUGAGCGCUGGGCGCUACCUGGGGGCCGCCUUCCCUCUGGGCUACCAAGCCCUCCGGAGGCCACGCUAUUCCUGGGGUGUGUGUGUGGCCAUCUGGGUCCUGGUCCUCUCUCACCUAGGGGUGGUUCUCGUAUUAGAGGCUCCGGGAGGUUGGUUGCACAAUAGCACCACCUCCCUGGGCAUCAACAAACCGGUUAACGGCUCCCCUGUGUGCCUGGAGGCCUGGGACCCCAGUUCCGCCGGCCCCGCCCGCCUCAGUUUCUCUCUGCUGCUUUUCUUUGUGCCCUUGAUCAUCACGGCCUUCUGCUAUGUGGGCUGCCUCCGGGCGCUGGUCCACUCGGGCCUGAGCCACAGGCGGAAGGUAAGGGCGGCCUGGGUCGCUGGCGGGGCCCUGCUCACAUUGCUUUUGUGCCUGGGACCCUACAAUGCCUCCAAUGUGGCUGGCUUCCUGAACCCCGGCAUGCGAGGCCCCUGGAGGAAGUUGGGGCUCAUCACAGGGGCCUGGAGUGUGGUACUCAAUCCGCUGGUGACAGGCUACUUGGGAACAGAUCCUGGCCGGGGGAAGAUAACUGCAGCAAGAAUGCAAGGAGGGCCAUCCCAGAAGUAGCGGCCCCUGCCGGGAGGAAGGGCCAUGGAGCGG